AUGUAUGAAUGACUCAAAACAUUUCAGAAUCACCGUAUAUGGAACUUGCUUAAGUUGAUUUAGUUUCAGAUCGAUCGUUGGAGCAGGAAAUCUGCGUAUUCAUUAAUACAUAAAAUCAGGGAGUAGUCGUUGCUGUAUCUUAGAGGACUAACAGCUGCGACAGCGGGCUGAAAAACCAGCCGGAUGUGAAACUUCAGGUAAAUUGCUCUACAGGAAUUGGACCAAGAAAAGUCAGUCCAUAUCUGAGUGGUUUCAAAGAUUCGGGAAUGUGAAAGGAAAAUGGAUCGCUGCAAUACAAACAUUGAUAAUUUUUCGUCUGUAAUGAACAUCAGAGAACUGAUUUCGGAGGACAUCGUAGCUCACAACGAUUUUCUGUUUUUCACUUAUGGAGUAGCAUUGUCCAUCAUAAUAUGCAUUGGGAUACCAGGAAAUCUCUUUGCGUUAGUCAUUCUAAUGCACAGGUCUUUACGGAGUUCCCCCGUGAGCAUUGUAAAAGCCUUAACCAUUCACGGAAUUGUUAACAUGUGUUUUUCGAUAUAUUUGGAAAUCAUACCGUCAAUUAAGUUACAUAUGGAUACGGAACGUUUUGACAGUGAAACAUUUAAAUCCUUAUUACAAUUAAAAUGCAAAAGCAAUGUUACUUCGUCAUCUCCAAGUGUUUUUCAAUGUUUAAGGCACAUUGACGUCUACGUUAAUACAACCAAGUCGCUCAUGGCCCAAAUGAAACCAAUGUACGACCAAUUUAUUAAUGGGACCUCGCUUGGACAUAACUCCGCAAUUAUCGAAAACUGUAUCUUCAAUAAAGUGGAUGCAUUUCAAAUCUUUCCUGGUUCGAUGCGAAAUAAAUCGAUAUCAAAUUAUGAUUCGCAGGUGGAAUCCCCAUCUAAUUCUUUUCUCGGUGCUGACAGCUUUUCAGUGGAUAAGGAUAUUAGCAACUUCAUUGAGGAAGCCGUGGAGAGAUUUGUAGGCUACACCCUUGUUAAUUAUGGGUUGCUUAUCACCUUUUGUCUCGCAGUUGAGAGAUGUGUGGCAAUUUACUUUCCUUUUCAAGCAGUUAGGUGGCUUACAAUACGAAAAACUAGAAUUGCGUUGAUUCUUAUACUUUUAAGUUGUGUUUGUAUACAUCUGCCGCAGAUGGUCAAAGAAAUCAGGUUUGCACUGUCCUCUCCCUCUGAUCUCGACCCACACACUGAUGACAGCUUGAUGUUCGUGGAACCAAUCAGACAAGAGUAUGAACAAUUCUAUGCCGUUAUAAGUCUCUUGAUUUGCAUUGCUACUUUCAGCUUAAAUAUUUUGGUAUUGGUUAAACUCGUCAUUUUACACAGACGAUUAAAGUAUUGUAAACAUUUAGUAAACGCAGAACGGACGGAAAUCAACAUCACUGUAGCAAUUGUUGUACUGAUAUUUUUUCAACUUCCUUUCCAUAUCAUGGCCUCAACUCUUGCGUUCAUUCAAUCCGGUCCAACAGUAAGCAACGUAGAUUUGUUUGUGAAAACAACAGUAUUAAUACGAUUUUUCUUCAUUUCUCAGUCUGCCUUAAAUUUCAUCAUCUAUUGUAUUCUUGCUAGAAACUGUCGAAAAGUCUGCAGAAUCUUGUUCAGGAAACUGUCUUUGAGUUUUACGAGGAAGACGACAAGCCUAACGCACCAUGAUGACAGACUGACUAAUGAAAGAAUUCGAAGAAUUUACUCGAACUCUUUAACAACGGUUAAACCAACAGAGAGAGAAGACGUUCACAUGCGAAUGAACCCUUUGGAUGAUAUUCAUUUAGAUACGUUAAUAGGGCGUAAUAGGCAUAACCAUAAAGAACAAGACUUGAUUCAUAACCCGCAUUCGCUGAAGAAUGGAAAGAGUUCUGUCACAAAAACGGAUUAUGUUUAGGAUUUCCGUAUUCUAGGUCAUGAACAAUAUCUAUAUUAUUAUGUCAGUUUUGCAAUUUCUGUUGCUGUCCAUUAACAAAGUAAUUCAUUGCAAAUGAGUAAGUGAUGAGUUUAUGUAAAAGAAAUGUUGUUCAUUGUCUGGCAACUUUUAAUUUUUUCCAUUACGCACUGCAUUUGCAAAUAUAAAUGUAUUGUUAUAUCGAAUUGGUAAUGCACUAAUGCAAAUUCGAGAUAUUUGAAUUAAAUGAACAUAAUUCUCAGUACAUUUAUUUAAACUAUAAGAUGCUAUGCUUUCUUUGGUGAUUCGUGCGGGAUAUGAAGGUGGCGACAUUGGGAAAAAAAUAAAUAACCCCUCAACACGAGUUACGUAAAGAGGUAUCGCGCCCUUUCCCACUAUUUCCAACACCCGUAUUUGGACGGAAAGUAUCUAUUAUUAAAUAUAAAUGCAGGUACCUGUCGCAAUACCUAGGUACUGAUUUUAUAAUGAUGUCUGUACCACUGAUUUGUCAACUGCGUGUAUAAAGACAGUUGAAUUUCUAAACCGUGAUGACUUCGAGCAAAAUAGCAUGACUUUAAGUAAUAAUAAGAGUACAAUGUAUAGUGUUAUUGAAAAGAUCAGUUUAUAUGUUGAGUGCGCUCAUACUCAGAAUUAAACAAGAGAAGGUUUUUAUUUAAAACAAAAUUGAUGAAAUCGAUCCGCCGACCGCAAAAUCAAGAAGACCUUCGCGUAACCACAAGGCCACGCAUAUAUCACUUUACUUGGAUGUCUUUUUAAUAUAUGUGGCUACAUAUAUGGUUACAUCAGAAAACUCACUAAUUGAAAUAUUUGUCUAAUUUUCAGUACAAAGAGCACGUUAAAGCAAACUUUAUUCAUUGUAACUAUAACUUAAAUCGGAUUUUUGGGGGUUUAAAUUCUUUAAAAUAGUACAUUAUGUACAAUGUAUAUAUCCCUAACAAAACCCGAAGUUUUUAAAGAAGUUAGCGUUGUUUAAGAUAAAUAAGACUCUCUUUACAUGGUAAUUGUGUGACUUUCGAUUCUUUGAAUAUAUCUUGACUAAAUAUUGUAUAAUAUUGAAAAUGUCUUAUGUUUGCAAAAGCGCUAUAUUGUUGGCGAAAUAUAAUGGGAAAAGGCGUCAUACCUCUUGUCUGCAUUUAUCGCUGCCGUAGUUGUUUAUAUUUAUAUUUUUAACAAAUUAGUAAAUUGAUUGUAAAAAGUAAAAUUAACUAAAUUACUGUUAAUGUAUAUAAGUACGUUAGCUAAACGAAACAGCCUAAAUCGUCUCCUAUGGGAAUUUGAGUCUGACAUCAUGAUCAUUUCGUGCAGUCCGUGAUUUUUCUGAGGUCGAUAAAGGUUUCAACCAAUCGAUAGACUGGGCGUCUAGAUUUGAGUCUUAUCAGUUUCUAUAGAGCUAUAUUUAUAUCUACCAGGUAUUAUUCCCACUAUUUCUUACGGAAACUUAUAGUUGAUUCAUAGCUCUAUAGAAACGUCUACACGCCCCGUUUAUCGAUUGGUCGAAAUCUGCAGCGGCUGAAAAUGACAAGAAACUGGCAGGACAGAUAUCGACACGCCCUGUCUCACAAGAGACGAAUUGGCUGUUUCUUUUAGCUAACGUACUUACGUACAUUUACAGUAAUUUAGUGAAUUUUAAUUACUUUUCAUAAUCAAUUUAUCAAUUAGCUAAAAGAGAGAUGUUAAUAUAAACAAGAGAAUGCUUUCUUUGAUGAUUCAUUCGGGUUAUGAAGAUAGCGAUCA